CGCACCCUUUCCCCAUUCCCACUCCGUUCAAAACAUAUUUUCUCUCUCUCCACUUGUAACCCUAGAACUAGAAGUUUACAUUCUUUUUAAAUUUUGACCUCUAAAUUAUUUAAUUGAAAGCUUAUUUGGUUCAAAUUGACGACAUAAUAGCUCUAGGGUUUGAUUAUCUCGCAGAUCAUUUCAUGUUAACAUCAUCAAAACAAUGAUAUUUUCGCGUAUCGGACGCUCUAUCUCUCGCUCUACAUUUCAAAGAAACGUUAUAUCUGGUAAUUAUGGUGUAAAGUAUGUGCAUUUGAAUGAAUCGCUCUCUCCGUCCAAUGCGAGCAUUGAACGAGUUGUUGGAGGAUUAGGGCUUUUAAGGAGUUAUAUGACUUCAGUUCGAUCUGGAAAUCGGAUUGUUUCUCAUAAAUAUUUAUCAGAAUUUAAUUCUGUUUUUGCAAACCCUCAGCUUCGGCGGCUUUUCUGCAGCCAAACGCCGAGGAAAAGAAACUAUGAGAAUUAUUACCCGAAGAAUAAGAAAGAAAUUCCAAAAGAAAAUAAUCAAAAAUCGGAGUCUAAAGAGGAUGAUCAUGGGAACUUUCAGGAGAACUUCAUGAAGCAGUUUCAAAAUUUAGUCACACCCUUGUUGUUUAUUGCGUUUGUGCUUUCCUCAAUUUUUAUGAAUCCUCAUGAUCAGAAGCAGAUUAGUUUUCAAGAGUUCAAAAACAAGCUACUUGAACCUGGCAUUGUGGAUCACAUUGUUGUUGCAAAUAAAUCAGUUGCAAAAGUGUAUGUGAAGAUACUGCCACCUAUUACAGAUGAGACCAAUGAUGAAAUUGUCCAGGAUCAAGCUAAUGGUACCCAUGCUAAAAGAAAUGUGAGCCACUAUAAAUACUAUUUUAAUAUUGGAAGUGUUGACUCCUUUGAGGAGAAACUGGAGGAAGCCCAGGAAGCAUUAGGAAUUGACCCUCAUAAUUAUGUUCCUGUAACGUAUGUAUCUGAAAUGAACUGGUUUCAAGAACUGAUGAAGUUUGCCCCAACAGCUUUGCUUUUAGGAUCCUUCCUGUUCAUGGGGCGGAGAAUGCAGGGUGGAAUGGGCGUUGGUGGUCCUGCUGGAGGAAAGGGUGCCCGGGGAAUAUUCAAUAUAGGAAAAGCACAUGUUACAAAAAUGGAUAAGAAUGCAAAAAAUAAGGUAUUCUUCAAAGAUGUGGCAGGCUGUGAUGAAGCAAAGCAAGAAAUCAUGGAGUUUGUACACUUCUUGAAGAACCCAAAGAAAUACGAAGAGUUGGGAGCAAAGAUUCCGAAAGGUGCUCUUCUUGUAGGCCCUCCUGGAACAGGAAAGACACUUCUUGCUAAAGCGACUGCAGGUGAAUCUGGUGUGCCUUUCUUAUCUAUAUCUGGGUCAGAUUUUAUGGAAAUGUUUGUUGGAGUUGGACCAGCAAGGGUCAGGAGUUUAUUUCAAGAGGCAAGACAACGUGCACCUAGCAUAGUUUUCAUUGAUGAGAUAGACGCAAUUGGUCGAGCUAGAGGUCGUGGAGGCUUUUCAGGGGGCCAUGAUGAGCGUGAAAGUACUUUAAAUCAGUUGCUUGUAGAAAUGGAUGGUUUUGGAACAACCGCUGGAGUUGUUGUACUUGCUGGCACAAAUAGGCCUGAUAUUCUAGACAAAGCCUUAUUGAGACCCGGUCGGUUUGAUCGUCAAAUUACCAUCGAUAAACCUGACAUCAAAGGUCGUGACCAGAUAUUUCAGAUCUAUCUGAAUAAGUUAAAACUUGAUCGAGAAUCAUCAUAUUACUCCCAGAGACUAGCUGCUUUGACUCCAGGAUUUGCUGGAGCAGAUAUUGCAAAUGUUUGUAAUGAGGCUGCUUUAAUUGCUGCAAGGAUUGAGAGUACACAAGUUACAAUGGAACAUUUUGAGGCAGCUAUAGAUAGGGUCAUUGGAGGUUUGGAGAAGAAGAACAAGGUUAUAAGUAAGCUUGAGAGGCAGACUGUUGCUUACCAUGAGUCAGGUCAUGCUGUUGCUGGUUGGUUCUUGGAACAUGCAGAACCAUUGCUGAAAGUGACAAUUGUUCCCCGUGGUACUGCAGCUCUUGGGUUUGCUCAGUAUGUACCCAACGAAAACCUGUUGAUGACCAAAGAACAGCUCUUUGAUAUGACAUGCAUGACUCUCGGUGGUCGAGCAUCUGAGCAGGUUUUGUUAGGAAAGAUUUCAACUGGAGCCCAAAAUGACUUGGAGAAAGUGACCAAGAUGACCUAUGCUCAAGUAGCAGUCUAUGGUUUCAGCGACAAGAUUGGUCUUCUUUCCUUUCCUCAAAGGGAUGAUGAUUCAUUUGAGAUGACCAAGCCGUUCAGCAGUAAGACUGCCGCAAUUAUUGACACUGAAGUGAGAGAAUGGGUUGCGAAGGCAUAUGACCGCACAGUACAGCUGAUAGAGGACCACAAGGAGCAAGUGGCUCAGAUUGCAGAACUGUUGCUUGAAAAGGAGGUUCUACAUCAAGAGGACUUGGUUCGAGUAUUGGGUGAUCGCCCAUUUAAAAGUAGCGAGCCUACGAAUUAUGAUAGGUUCAAGCAAGGAUUUCAAGAAGAAAAUAAAGAAACAAAAGAGACGUCUGACAGUGGGACUGGAGUGGAUGGUGGGUCACCACCUUUGGAACCAGACGUUGCGCCAGCUUAGUGACAGUAGAGGUUUAUGGUUGUAUAUAUGGAAAUAUAUUGAAGUUGUUUUGUUCAUAGCCUAACCCUUUUUAUGAGGUUUCCUUAAUUGUAAAAGCCUAUCACAUUUGCAGAUAAUAUAUAAAUAUUUUAAAUGCAUUGUACAAAUUGCGUUCCACACACGUGGCCGGACUGCCAAGGUUGGAACGAGCAAUCCAUUCGAGAAUGAUGAAAAAUGUAUUGAAGUGUGCAGGUCGUAGAGUCAAUUUUUUCUUUUUAACUUUUUGUGAAAGGUUUUAGUGAUUGUUGUAGCUUCUCAGUGCAAU